GAUACGGCUUGAAGUGUUACGAAUGUUUGACCACCAAAGGCUGGGAUGACUGCAAAGACAUCAGAAAAGAAGUAGAUUGUCCUUCCAUUAGCGAUCGCUGCUAUAAAGUAUCUGCAGACGUAAAAGACGAAAGUGCAUCCGCUGCAGCAUAUGGGAAAGGCUGUACGACUAAAGAAAUUUGCGAUAGUGACCUUAGCACCCUCGACAUCUGUAAAGACAAGGGAAAAUGUGAACUAAAUUGUUGUUCUGGAGACCUGUGUAACGCUGCCACACUACAGAAAGUCAGCGUCGCUGCUCUCAUCACAUGCACUUUGAUGGCUUUGCUGUAUUAG